AUGAAUUCUAAUAGUAGUGGUGAACAUCAAGUUCUAAAUAUAGAUCAUAAUAAUUUAUCAAAUAUUAGUAAUAUAACACGUGAAAAUCAACCAAUUUUACUUUCACAAUCAAUUCAUAAUAUGGCACUAUCAAAUAAUAAUCAUAUCUCAUUAUGGAAUUCAACUAUAACAGAUGAUAUGGAAUAUGAUGAUACUAUUCUUCAAGCUGAAAGAGCUAUUGAAGGUGGAAUAUUACCAGUACGAAUAGCAGCUGGUUCAUCUGGUUCUUAUUUUGUUCGAAAUCUUGAAGGCAAAAAUAUUGGAGUAUUUAAACCAAAAGAUGAAGAACCAUACGGUCGUUUUAAUCCGAAAUGGUCUAAAUGGCUUCAAAAAACUCUAUGUCCUUGUUGUUUUGGUCGAAGUUGUCUAGUUCAUAAUCAAGGUUAUUUAUCAGAAGCUGGUGCUAGUUUAAUAGAUACAAAACUUCGAUUAAAUAUAGUCCCUAAGACACGUGUUAUACAUUUGACUGCUGAUUCAUUUAAUUAUCCUGCAUAUCAACGUCAUUUAAUAAUAGCUAAACGUGAAAUAAAUGAAAGUGUAGGUCGACAUAUGCAUGGUAGACGAGUAUUUGAACCAACAGGAUUACAAGCUAAAGUUGGAUCAUUUCAAUUAUUUGUUGAUAAUUAUGUUAGUGCAGAUGUUUUUCUUAAACAAUUAGAACAGAAUACAUUACCAGAAGAAGAUAUGAAUAAAUUUCAAAAACAAUUUGAAAGACUUGUUGUAUUAGAUUAUAUUAUACGAAAUACAGAUCGUAAUAAUGAUAAUUGGUUGGUCAAAUAUGAAGUAAAAUCUCUCAGUGCACGAGACAAGACUGAUAAUAGCAAUGAAGGUGAUCCUAAUACCGAUGGUACUGUAAAGACUGCAAUAGAUGAUACCACAACAACAAAUGAUAUUCAUAUAGCAGCUAUUGAUAAUGGUCUUGCAUUUCCAUUUAAACAUCCAGAUGAAUGGCGUGCUUAUCCAUUUCAUUGGGCUUGGUUAAAACAAGCUAAAGUUCCAUUUUCUGAUGAAAUAAUAACUCAUAUUUUACCAUUUAUAUCUGAUAUGAAUUUUGUUCAACAUGAAUUAUGUGAUGAAAUUCAACGUUUAUUUUCACAAGAUAAAAAUUAUGAUCGUCGAUUAGUUGAACGACAAUUAUCUGUAAUGCGUGGACAAAUAUUAAAUUUAGCUCAAGCUAUGCGUGAUGGAAAAUCACCAUUUGAAUUAGUACAAAUGCCAGGUGUUCUUGUUGAACGUCUUCAUAUUGAUCCUUCAUUUGGUCAUCGACAAUUUAAGAAAAAAUUUAAUGAUCGUUAUCCAUUAUUUUCUUGGUUUUGA